AUGGAUUCUCUGUGCUUUCUGGGGAGUGACCUGUGGACUUACAACUGCUCCUUGAGCAACUCCACCAUGAAGAACCAGACUUCUCAAGCCAAUGGGACCUUCCUCGUGACUAGGGAUGAAGACAUUGCCAAGGUGGAGGUGGCAGUGCUCUGCCUCAUCUUCUUCCUCGCCCUGACGGGGAACCUGUGUGUGCUGCUGGCCGUCCACACGACGCGUCACAAGCAUUCCCGCAUGUAUUUCUUCAUGAAGCACCUGAGCAUCGCUGACCUGGUUGUGGCCAUCUUCCAGGUCUUGCCUCAGCUCAUCUGGGACAUCACCUUCAGGUUCUAUGGGCCAGAUUACCUCUGCAGGUUGGUCAAAUACUUGCAGGUGGUGGGCAUGUUUGCUUCUACCUACAUGCUCUUGCUCAUGUCCCUGGAUCGGUGCCUGGCCAUCUGCCAGCCCUUGAGGUCUUUGCAUAGGCGGUCUGACCGGCUGUCCGUCCUCCUCACCUGGAUGGUGUGCCUUCUCUUCAGCAUCCCACAGCUCCAGAUAUUUUCCAUGAGGAAUGUGGAUCAUGGGGGCAUAGAUUGCUGGGCAACAUUCAUCCAACCCUGGGGACCUAAAGCCUACAUCACCUGGAUAACCUUGACUGUCUACAUCAUCCCCGUGCUUGUGCUGAGCAUCUGCUAUGGCUUGAUCAGCUUCAAAAUCUGGCAGAACGUGAAGCUGAAAACAAUCCAUGACACCAGCCUGAACCUGACCUCGAGCAAUUCCCAUGGAGGCACGCUCUCCAGGGUCAGCAGCAUCAAACUCAUUUCCAAAGCCAAGAUCCGGACAGUCAAAAUGACCUUCAUCAUAGUCUUAGCUUUCAUUAUGUGCUGGACUCCUUUUUUCAUUGUGCAGAUGUGGAUUGUGUGGGAUGAAAAUGCUCCAAAAGAAGAUUUACCAUUUAUAAUCACCACGCUUCUAGCAAGCCUGAACAGCUGUUGCAACCCCUGGAUCUACAUGCUUUUCACUGGCCAUCUUUUCCACGAUCUUUUGCAAAGGUUCCUCUGCUGCUCCUCUCGGUAUUUAAAGUCUCGGCAAGGAUGUGACCUGAGUGUCAGCAAGAAAAGCAACUCCUCCACCUUUGUCCUGAGUCUCAGAAGCUCCAGUCAAAGGAGCUUCACCCAGCCAUCUUCUGCAUAAGGAAGAAGAACCCAGCUCUCU